ACCGACGGCGUCUCCCAUUUCCUCGUCCGCCAAUGCACGGCUGAGAAUAUUUAUAUCCGUGCCCGGUUUGGAGAGAGGUGAGAGAGUGGCCGUACCCAUCUUCAGUGACUGUUCACGAUUACACAGACGCUGCUGGAUAUCUGGGGAAGAAGAUCGGCUGAACUGCCCACUCAGUGCCUGAAUAUCGGCACUCCUGCUGCGCUGACGGUCCACCAUAGGCCAUUACAGCAUUGUAACUAAUCUCGGUCACCUGUCGCGGCAAAGGGAGAUAAAUACGGCAAGAUGCAGUACGAUGACUCAGAACAGUUCGACGAGGACGAAGAUAUGCCGGCCACCGAGCGAGAUCUCGCUGACGAUGCUCAGUGGAAGCUUAUUCAGAAAAACACCUUUUCCAGGUGGGCUAACGAGCAUCUCAAGACUGUCAACAAGUCUCUCGGGGAUUUAGAAUCUGAUCUUAGCGAUGGGUUGCGACUUUUGGCCCUUAUUGAGGUGCUUUCGGGCAAAAAAUUCAAGCACAUCAACAAACGACCCAACUUCAGGACUCAGAAGUUGGAAAAUGUGACGAUGUCAUUGCGUUUCCUGGAGGAGGAUGAGGGCAUCAGGAUCGUCAACAUAGACAGCUCUGACAUUGUGGACAAGAAGCUGAAGCUGAUCCUGGGUCUGAUAUGGACGCUCAUCCUCCACUACUCCAUCUCCAUGCCCAUGUGGGAGGGAGAGGAACCCACACCCUCCGAGGGGGGACCCACACCCAAACAGAGGCUCCUCAACUGGGUCCAGAGCAAGGUGCCCGACCUGCCCAUCAAGAACUUCACCACCGACUGGAACGACGGCAAAGCAAUUGGAGCUUUGGUUGAUGCCUGCGGCCCAGGAUUGUGCCCUGACUGGGACACCUGGGAUCCCAAGAAGGCCAAGGAUAAUGCCAAGGAGGCCAUGGAUGCAGCUGAGCAGUGGCUAGAUGUACCACAGCUCAUCAAGCCCAAGGAGCUGACCAACCCCAAGGUGGACGAGAUGAGUAUGAUGACAUACUUGUCUCAGUUCCCCAAGUCCAAGCUUAAGCCCGGAGCUCCCACCCGCCCCCGUGUCAACCCCAACCGCGUGCGGGCUUUCGGCCCCGGUGUGGAGCCUAAGGGUAACCAGGUCGGUGCCCCAGCCCGCUUCACCAUUGACACCUACAGCGCUGGCAAGGGUGACGUGGUCGUCAUUGUCCUCAACCCCAAGGGCAAACAGGAGACAUGUGAGGUGGUGUUCAACAACGACAAGAACCUGACAUACUCCUGCUGCUACACACCCACCAUGGAGGGACAGUACAGGGUUAUUGUAAAGUUCAACACGAAGGAGAUCCCCAAGAGCCCAUACACUGUCAACGUGGAGGGCCAGGCCGGUGACCCCACUAAGGUGACGGCCAAGGGACCAGGUCUGGAGAAGAGUGGCGUCAUCUGUAGCAAGAAGACUUUCUUUGAAGUCUACACCCAAGGUGCAGGCAAUGGGAAGGUUGACGUUGUCAUCCUUGACCCUCAUGGCCGCAAGGACACUGUCAAACCAAGCAUCCAGGCUGUUCCUGGCAAGCAGGGCGUUUUCCUUGUGGAGUACAUCGCCAUGGUUUCCGGACUCCAUUCCAUCAAUGUGUUCUUCUCAGGCAACCAGAUCCCCAAAAGCCCCUUCGGUGUCAACGUUUCUCCACCCUCAAAUGCAAAGAUAUGCUAUGCUUCCGGGCGUGGCAUCCAGCCCCGAGGUAUUCGGGUGCGCGAUCAGGCUGACUUCAAGGUCCACACUACCGGUGCCGGCGAAGCCACUGUCAAAGUCCAGGUGAUUGGACCCGGCGGCAUCGAUGUCCCAUGUAAGGUGGUCAUGUCGACCACAGAGGAAGGAGUUUACAACUGUGUGUACUCGCCAACCAAACCAGGCAACUACGUGAUCAACGUGACAUUCGGAGAUGUUCACAUCACCAAGAGCCCCUUCAAGGUGGAGGUGGGACCUUUCAUUGAGUCCAAGAUUCGGGCCUACGGACCCGGUCUGGAGGCUGGAGUAGUAGGGCAACCUGCUGUCUUCACUGUGGAAACCAACGGCGAGGUCGGAGCUCUCGGCUUCUCCAUCGAGGGUCCAUCUCAGGCCAAGAUUGACUGCAAGGACAAUGGUGAUGGGUCAGCUGACGUGACCUACUGGCCCACCACAGCGGGAGAAUACGCUGUGCAUAUUCUGUGUAACGAGCAGGACAUCCCAAAAUCACCCUACAUGGCCCAGAUUAUACCCUCAGGAGAAUUCGAUGCUUCAAAGGUUAUUGCCAAGGGUCCUGGACUUCAGAAGACAGGAGUGACCACUGGCAAGAAGGCGGAGUUCACUGUGGACACUCGGUCCGCUGGCCGCACCCCCCAGCCUCUCAAGAUCUCCUGCCUAGACGUGGACCUCAAGCCUGUGGAAGUGCAAAUCACUGACAACAAGAAUGGCACCUACAACUGCAGCUACAUGCCCAAGCGCAACGUCAAACACACCAUUAUGAUCACCUACGGCAGCGUCAACAUUCCUAACAGCCCCUACCGAGUAUAUGUAUCGGAGCCAAGCACCCCUUCCAAUGUGAAGGUCUUCGGCCCUGGUGUAGAGAAGGGAGUCAAAACUGGCAAACUUACCUACUUCAAGGUGGACUGCUCCAAGGCUGGACCAGGCGAUGUUGCUAUUGCUCUGACCGAUGCCAAUGGACGUGAUGUCCCAGUCAAGACCACUGACAAUGGCGAUGGUACUUUCACCGUGGAGUACGAACCCAAAUCCCCCGGACAGUACACCGUCCAGGUCUACUUCGCUGAGAAGCCCAUCCCUCAGAGCCCUAUCAAGGUCAAUGUGGAAUCCAGCAUCGAUGUCAGCAAGGUCAAGGUCGUUGGAUUAGAGCCAAAAAUGCCAAUUGGUGUGACCUCCGAGAUUGGCAUCAUCAGCGCAGGCCUCCCCAAGGCCAAUGCAACAGUAACGGUAACAUCCCCCACUGGAAAGACCCGGGACAUGCCUGUCACGGAAACCAUUGACGGUCACGCCGCCAAGGUGUCCUUCAACGAACCUGGCCCUCACAAGGUUGAUGUCACCUAUGGUGGUGCUCCUGUUCCCAAGUCACCUUUCAAGGUCGAGGCUUUCCGACCUCCCAAGGUCAUUGCCUAUGGUCCUGGUUUGAAGGGUGGCGAGGCAUUAAAGCCUGCUACGUUCACUAUUGAUACUAGAGAAGCCAAGACCCCAGGAGGAAUUGGUGUCACUGUAGAAGGCCCAGGAGAAUCCAAAAUUGAAUGUAAGGACAAUGGAGACGGCACCUGCGGUGUUGCCUACUUGCCACCACAGGAGGGAACAUACAAGGUUAAUGUUACCUAUGGCAACCAGCAUAUCCCGAUGUCGCCGUUCACGGCCCAGAUUGGCCCCAGUACCGGCCCCCCACCAGGACCUGCCGUCAAGAAGCCUGACCUGAAGGGCGUCACUGCUUAUGGCCCUGGACUUUCACCCGAUGGAGUGUUCAUCGAGUCCCCAACCGAGUUCACUGUGGACGCCAAGUCUGUCAGCCCAGUCGGACAGGGAAAAGUGAGGGCUAUCCUCACCAACCCCUCCGGCACCCUCAAUGACACCGCUGUCCGCAACAACGGCGAUGGGACCUACAAUGUUCAGUACACACCAUUUGAAGAAGGUCCAGUGUCACUUGAUGUCACCUAUGAUGAGGCCCCCAUUCCUCAGUCUCCCUUCAAAGUUCAGGCUGUUCCUGGCAACGACCCCAACAGAGUCAAGGCCUAUGGACCAGGUCUGGAGGGCGGAGUCACCAACCUGCCCGCCGAGUUCACCGUGGACAUGCGUGGUGCUGGUAAGGGAGGCCUCGGCCUUGCUAUUGAAGGCCCAGUGGAGGCCCAGAUGAACUGCCAGGACAACCGUGAUGGCACAUGCAACGUCCAGUACCAGCCGACCAAGGCCGGAGACUACGACAUCGCUGUCAAGUUCGCAGACAAAGAUAUCCCUGGCAGUCCAUUCCGUGUCAGCGUGUGCGACCCUGUUGAUGCCAGCAAGGUCAAGUGCUAUGGCCCUGGCAUCGACACGAAGGGAGUGCGUGCAGGAGAGCCCGCAACUUUCACCAUCGACGCCAAGGAUGCUGGCAAGGCACCUGUGGAUGUCACAUACACCGAUCAAAAUGGCAAACCCCAAAAGGCAAAGAUCGUGCCCGUGGAAGAGGGUGUGUUCAAUGCCACAUACGUCCCUGCUGAUGAGGGCAAAUGCAAGGUUGAUGUCAAAUAUGGAGGACAGAAUGUGCCAAACAGUCCAUUCAACAUGAAUGUGCUACCUGGUGUUGAUGCAAGCAAGGUGAAGGUCACAGGAGCAGGUGUCAGUAACGCCGUCCCAGCAAGUUUGCCUGUGACCUUUGACAUUGACACAAGAGAGGCAGGAGUUGCUGAUCUGGAGGCCUAUGUGCAGCGCCCUGAUGGAACCUACAUCCGCCCAAUGGUGUUGGAGAAUGACGAUGGUACCUUCUCCGUUACCUACACCCCUGAAGACCUUGGCGUCUACAAUAUCAAGGUCAAGUACGGGGGACAGGAAGUGCCCCACUCACCUUUCAAUGUCAAGGCCAUACCAACAGGCGAUGCCACCAAGUGCCGCAUCACAGAGGGUGCUGAGAAAUGUGUUCCCGUCAACAAGGAAACUGUCAUCACCGUCGAUGCUGCACAGGCCGGCACCGGUAAGGUGACAUGCCGUAUCCGCAGUCCAAGUGGCAGUGACAUCGACAUCGACAUCAUUGACAACAGUGACGGCACCUUCAGCAUCUGCUUCACGCCACAGUUCGCUGGUGACUACACCAUCAGCAUCAAGUUCGGUGGACAGGAGAUCCCCCAGGGCGACUACACCAUCCAGGCCGUCUCACCCGAAGAGUACGACCUAUGGAGAAGUCAGGUUGGCACUGCUGAGGACCUGAUUGUGCCCGACACCGUUGACAACGUCAGCGCUGCCCCUGGAUCUGGUCUGUACCAGCCUGUCGACUUCUGUAUCCCGGUUGGACCUAUCUUCAACUUUGUCUCAGCAUAUGUCGUAAUGCCGUCAGGAAAGCGAGCGUACCCGAAGAUCGAGGACAACCAAGAUGGCACUGUCACCAUCAAGUACCAGCCCUCUGAGACUGGACUCCAUGAGAUGCAUGUCAACUACAACAACCAGAGCAUUGAAGGAAGCCCGUUCUUGUUCCACGUUGAUGCCGUCAACUCCGGCUAUGUUACCGCCUAUGGUCCCGGUCUGAGCCACGGCGUCACCAGCGAGCCCGCCAUCUUCACCAUCAACACAAAGAAUGCUGGUGCUGGUGGUAUGUCUCUGGCCAUUGAGGGCCCCUCCAAGACUGAGAUCAACUGCAAGGACAACGAGGACGGCACCUGCACCGUCAGCUACGUCCCCACAGCUCCUGGAGAGUACUGCAUCACAGUCAAGUUUGCAGACAAACACAUCACUGGAUCCCCCUUCAAGUCCAAAAUUACCCAAAAAGCGGGUGAGCCGAAGCGCCGUGCUCAGAUCUCUGUGGGCAGCAGCAGCGAGGUCUCCCUGAAGGUGACUGAGAGUGACAUCGCCAGUCUCACAGCUUCCAUCCGAAGCCCCUCCGGCCGCGAGGAGCCAUGUAUCCUCAAGAGACUUGCCAAUGGACACUUAGGUAUUACAUUUACGCCACGAGAAACUGGUGAGCACUUGGUCAACGUGUUCAGAAAUGGAAAACACAUAGCUAAUAGUCCCUUCAAGAUAAUCGUGGGAGAAAGUGAAAUUGGCAAUGCCAGCAAAGUCAAGGUCUCAGGCAAAGGUCUCACCGAGGGCAUGGCCAAUGAGGUCAAUGAAUUCAUCGUUGAUACACGUGACGCAGGGUAUGGUGGUAUGAGCCUGUCGAUCGAAGGCCCCAGCAAGGCCGACAUUGAGUGCCAUGACAACGAGGACGGCACUUGCCGUGUUACGUACAAGCCCACCGAGCCGGGAACUUACAUCAUCAACAUCAAGUUUGCAGAUCAACAUGUGCCAGGCAGCCCAUACAGUGUUAAGAUCGGCGGCGAGCCUUCUUCUCGGAUCACAGAGAGGAUCACCCGGCACAAGGAGGCUGUAGAUGUCACCCACAUCGGCAGUCAGUGUGAACUUAGCCUCAAGAUCCCCGGAACAAGUCCGUUUGACAUGACAGCCUCUGUAACCAGCCCGUCUGGUGUGACGGAGCUGUGUGACGUUAUGAGCAAGGACGAUCAGCACUACAACAUCAAGUUUGUGCCCAAGGAGAUGGGUGUCCACACAGUCAGUGUCAAACACAAGGACAUGCACAUCCCUGGUAGUCCAUUUGAGUUCACUGUUGGCCCGAUCGCUGGUGGUGGUUCUCACAAAGUGAGGGCAGGUGGACCUGGAUUGGAAAGAGGCGAAAUCAACCAGCCAUGUGACUUCAACAUCUACACACGUGAGGCAGGUGCAGGUGGUUUGUCUAUCGCAGUUGAAGGUCCGUCCAAGGCUGAGAUUGACUUCCAGGAUCGCAAGGACGGGUCAUGUGGGGUCACAUACAAGGUCACCGAGCCAGGUGAGUACCUGGUGUCAAUCAAGUUCAACGACGAGCACAUACCCGACUCCCCAUUCCGUGUGGAGAUCUCUCCCAGUAUCGGCGACGCCCGCAAACUGUCUGUGGCAGCACUGCAGGACAAGGGUUUGAUUGUUGGGAAGCCAGCAGCGUUUAUUGUCAACUACAACGGUGCGAAGCGUGGAGGCAAGCUGACAGCCAGAGUAGUGGCGCCAUCCGGCUCUGAAGACGAUGCCAUCAUCCAAGAAAUCGAUGAUGGUGAGUAUGCAGUCCGUUUCAUCCCCCAUGAGAACGGCCCCCACCUGGUCCACGUCAUGUUCGAUGGCUACCAUAUACCCGAGAGCCCCUUCAGGAUCCUUGUGGGCAAAGUUGACGCCGACCCUGGCAGAGUCACCGCACACGGGGAAGGUCUCAAGACUGGCAAAACUGGUCAAGUGUCAAAGUUCUUCGUCAAUACCGUCAACGCUGGCGCAGGUGCCCUAGCUGUCACUGUUGAGGGACCUUCAAAGGUCCGACUUGAAUGUAAGGAAACAGAAGAGGGCUACGAGUUCACAUACACACCCAAUGCCCCCGGUGAUUAUCUCAUCACUAUCAGAUACGCUGGUGUCCACAUUGCGGGCAGUCCCUUCAAGGCCAAGGUCGAAGUCACUCAGGUUAUGAGAAGGGUUCAGGAAGACGGAUCUCAACGGGAUAUUCCCAUCUUCGAUGAAAACACAAAUAGCUUUGUGAAUGGCAGACCGAUUGUCCAAGGAGAGGGACAAGUCUCUUCAGUACAGGAGCAUGCAUCGGUUGUCGUGGAAACGGUUACCAAGACGAGCACUAUGACAAAGUUCAGCGGAAUACAGAGGUUUAGUUCUGAUGCCAGCAAGGUGUCAGCGCAGGGGAAAGGAUUAAAUAAAGCCUUCCGAGGACAGAAGUCUACGUUCACAGUCGACACAUCAGGAGCUGGUAACAACAUCCUGUAUGUGGGUAUGAUGGGUCCUAAAGGUCCCUGUGAGGAGCUGAUCGUGGCUCACAAGGGCAAUAACCAGUACACCAUCAACUACAUGGUGAAGGAACGCGGCACUUACAUGCUCAUGGUGAAGUGGGGAGAUGAGCAAAUACCAGGCAGUCCUUUCUGUGUCAAGUGCGACUAAGGUGCCCUACCACACCUUACACCCCUAAAUCACAAUAGAUGCUUCCAUCAUGACACAAAUGGAGAUCACAUUUACAAACAAAAGGGGGGAAGGGUAGAUAAAAUACCCUUGCAAUGAAGACAUCUGUUCCUUCCUUGCACACCUCCCACCAACUUAUGUGAUCCAAACUUGAAAGGAAUGGAAGAUCCUACAUGAUGAUGUAGGGGUGGCAAGUUCUCAGUGAGCAAUCAUUGAUGCCAGUACAAACUGCCAUGUCAAGGAAAUGAAAAUUGGAAGAUAGUUUUUGCUGAUAUGUUUCUAUCUUUUACUUUCCAUUUCCUCGAUAUAAAACCGAGGGUAGCGGACUUAUCUAAUUAUCAAAGGUGCUCUUUGCUGUUACCAUGGUUACAUGAAGUUAUGUUUUGUAUACAAUUUAUGAAGUCAGUUUGAGCGGUGAACAAUGACUUGUUAAUAUUAGUAGCCAUUUUGAUGGGUUGAGGUUUAGGGAAAUACAUUUUUUUGGCUACCAUUAAAUCUAUAUGACUUGGUCUCUAUAGCAACACGACCUUGUUUAUAUGUAUUUAAUUUCUGUGUAAAAUCAAAUAUAGAUGUUUUUGCUAGUUUCAUAUGAAGUCAUCUACUAAAAUACUUUCUGUAGUCAUAAUGUUUCAUUUGCAAACCACACGUUAACUUGCUUUACCCCAUACCCUUGUUCCCUACCAUGGAUAUAAUGAGCGAAAUCUCGAUUAUUGAAGAUCUGUCAAUAUACUGUGAAUAUUAUUUGUGUAUGUAUUUUUAGGAUUGUUUUUUUCACAGGGUGAUAUGAUCUUGAGUGUAAACUUGUCUUGUGUUAUGCAAUUAAAAUAUGACAAAUAUUCACAAAAAUUGUAACAAAUAAAAAAUAGACAUUUUGGCGACUGCCGUUGGCUCUGCAUAAUUGUACACAUUUUAUGGCAGGUGUUUAUUUAGCUUCUAUCCAGUGUCGUCCCGAUCUGUCUUUCUGACCCAGGAUCUGUUAGAUUCUCCACAAAGUGGUGUAGUUGAGCUCCAGUUUGCCGAGAUGUCUCGCAGAUGUCUCGCAGAUGUCGAACAUAUUCAAGGACUAAUAUGCUCAAUAAGUGCUUCUGCCAGCGAGUUGCCAUCACAUAUUUUUUAUUUUAUGUUUACAAAAUGCUUCUGCAUAUAAGCAUAUUGUAGGCUAAGAUUUUUUUUAUCAAUAAACUAUUCUUUUUUCAUAACUGA